CAAGGACUCUAACCCCACUGCGUUGUGGACCGGAGAGGAGCCAUGGAGUCCCGGGCAAGGUGCAUCUUUCUUCUUUUGCUGCAGAUCCUGACAAGUAAGGAGUGUUGAUUCCUUCCAACUCCUUCCUCCCAUGAUGGCUUCCACACCCUUCCUCCAUCUUCCUGCUUCCUUAUCAUCCUUAGCCGCUCUCCCUAGACAACCUGGAGGGGGCUGAGAGUAGGAGGCCAAACCUCAUGUGUCCACUGAUCCUCCAAGAAAGACAGGGGAAGGGGAAAAGAGAAGAUGGCUGUUGUCUUAUCAUGAGUCAGGUCUCAUGAUAAGAACUUCAUGAAUGAGAUGUUCAGCCAGGCUCCUUCUCUUGUUUUGAAUUUGUUGUUGUUUUUUAAAUUCUAUUUGGAGAAUUUUCUGUGUAUACAAUCUAUUUUGAUUAUAUCCACAGCCUGCCCCCCCCCCACCUCCCCUGAGACCUAGCACUUCCAACAUCGUCUUCAUCUCUCCUUUCUCCCCCUCUUCUUCUUUUGCUGCAACUCUGAGUCCAGCCACUGCCGUCCACACGCCCAUGGGGGUGGACCACCCAGUGGAGCAUGGGCAACCCACCGGUGGUCACAUCCCCAAAAAGUUACUCUCAGUCACAACUGCAAUGGCUCCUCAGUGAGGGGUGGGCCUUGGGAUCCACUCCCCAUCCACAGUGGAUUGUUGACGGCCUGACCUUGCGCAGGUCUUAUGCAGGCUUCUUCUAUAACGGCUGGGCACGUGGAGAUAUAUUGCCCUCAGUAUGUGGCCACUCCCGAGAUGCUGGAAAGAUCGUGGGUGGUCAAGAUGCUUUGGAAGGACAAUGGCCUUGGCAAGUCAGCCUGUGGAUAACCGAGGAUGGCCACAUAUGCGGGGGCUCCCUCAUCCACGAGGUGUGGGUGCUCACGGCUGCCCACUGCUUCCGCAGGUCUCUGAACCCUAGCUUCUACCAUGUGAAGGUUGGAGGGCUGACACUUUCCCUUCUGGAACCCCACUCAACUUUAGUGGCCGUGAGGAACAUCUUCGUGCAUCCCACCUACCUCUGGGCAGAUGCGUCUAGCGGAGACAUUGCCCUGGUGCAGCUGGAUACUCCUCUGCGGCCCUCUCAGUUCACUCCUGUCUGCCUCCCAGCAGCCCAGACUCCUCUCACCCCUGGGACUGUCUGCUGGGUGACAGGCUGGGGAGCCACCCAGGAAAGAGACAUGGCAAGUGUCCUCCAGGAGUUAGCUGUGCCUCUCUUGGACUCAGAGGACUGUGAAAAGAUGUACCACACCCAGGGGAGCAGCCUGUCAGGGGAGCGAAUCAUCCAGUCGGACAUGCUCUGUGCAGGCUACGUAGAAGGCCAGAAGGACUCCUGCCAGGGUGACUCUGGAGGACCGCUCGUUUGUUCCAUCAACAGUUCUUGGACCCAGGUCGGGAUCACCAGCUGGGGUAUUGGCUGCGCUCGGCCAUACAGGCCUGGUGUCUACACUCGGGUGCCCACCUAUGUGGACUGGAUUCAAAGGAUCCUGGCAGAGAACCACUCUGAUGCCUAUGGGUACCACUCCAGUGCCUCUGCAGCAUACCAAAUGCUGCUGCCAGUGUUGCUGGCCGUUGCCUUGCCAGGGUCCCUAUGAACUGUGAGCUCUAGAGUUCUAGAUCCUCUUCUGCUGGGCUCGGAGACUCAGAAGCUCAACAUAGACACGGAGAAAAUGAAUCUCCAAUGGUGGUUUUGUGUGGGACCGUGAAAGGUAGCUUGGUCCCCAGCUGAGCUAAGGCUUGAAGCCCUAGUACUUCUGAAGGAACAGUAGGUGCUUCACCUGUACUGGGGUACCAGGCCCCGGUCACUAGCUGCAGACCCCCAUAGAUUUGUAGCCAUCAGUCACAUAAGGACAACGUCCCAAGCCCCUCCACAUGUAGAGGAUAUGACCCGUGGUCAUGUAGGCUCAAGACAGAUCUCCAUUUUAAUGAGGUACCUAAAGGACUGGAGGGCUUAGCCAAUAAGCUUUCCUUCCCAGACACUCCUUCCAGAAAAAAAUAUUUAACCUCAGGCCUGCCCUGAGAAAGUGGGGUACAGUUUUACUCAUCCACUUUCUGCCAUGACAAUAAAUUCCUUAAAACCAU